GACCAACAUGUGGUGAAGUGCCUGUGCUGACAGACCCCAUUCACUGCAGAAACACAUGCUGUUCAGAUCAGAGCUCGAACUACUUUCACUUCUGAGAAAGUGAAACUCAGACAGUCGUUGCCACUGAGAGGUGAAAUGGCGCAGAAAGGAGUUCAGCUGGACCGAGAAACCUUCUCUUGUUCCAUCUGUCUGGAUCUACUGAAGGAUCCGGUGACUAUUCCCUGUGGACACAGCUACUGCAUGAACUGUAUUAAAACCCACUGGGAUGCAGAGGAGGAGAAGAAAAUCCCCAGCUGCCCUCAGUGUAGGCAGACCUUCAGACCGAGGCCUGUCCUGCCGAAAAACACCACGUUAGCAGUUUUAGUGGAGGAACUGAAGAAGACUGGACUCCAAGCUGCUCCUGCUGAUCACUGCUAUGCUGGACCUGAAGAUGUGGCCUGUGAUGUCUGCACUGGGAGAAAACUGAAAGCCCUCAAGUCCUGUCUGGUCUGUCUGGCCUCUUACUGUGAGAAACACCUCCAGCCUCAUUAUAAAUCACCUACAUUUAAAAAACACAAGCUGGUGGAGCCCUCCAAGAAGCUCCAGGAGAACAUCUGCUCUCGUCAUGAUGAGGUGAUGAAGAUGUUCUGCCGUACUGAUCAGCAGUGUAUCUGUUAUCUCUGCCCUGUGGAUGAACAUAAAGACCACGACACAGUCUCAGCUGCAGCAGAAAGGACCGAGAGGCAGAGAGAGCUCGAGGUGAGUCGCCAAAACAUCCAGCAGAGAAUCCAGGACAGAGAGAAAGAUGUGAAGGUGCUUCAGCAGGAGGUGGAGGCUAUCAAUGGCUCUGCUGAUAAAGCAGUGGAGGACAGUGAGAAGAUCUUCACCGAGCUGAUCCGUCUGAUGGAGAAAAGAAGGUCCGAUGUGAAGUGGCAGCUCAGAUCCCAGCAGGACACUGAAGUGAGUCGAGUCAAAGAGCUUCAGGAGAAGCUGGAGCAGGAGAUCACUGAGCUGAAGAGGAAAGACGCUGAGCUGAAGCAGCUCUCGCUCACAGAGGAUGACAACCAGUUUCUACACAACUACCCCUCACUGUCAGCACUCAGUGAAUCUACAGACUCAUCCAGCAUCAACAUCCGUCCUCUGCGCUACUUUGAGGACGUGACAGCAGCUGUGUCAGAAGUCAGAGAUAAACUACAGGACCGAGCUCCACCUGAUCAAGAUAUUUCUUUGUUCCCUCCCCCUCGCAGAUCUGCAGAGCACAGAGAGAGUUCCUGUUCAGAGAAAGUGAAACUAUUUGAGUCACUGAGAGGUGAAAUGGCGCAGCAAGGAGUUCAGCUGGACCGUGUAAAAUUCACUUGUUCCAUCUGUCUGGAUCUAAUGAAGGAUCCGGUGACUAUUCCCUGUGGACACAGCUACUGCAUGAACUGUAUUAAAACCCACUGGGAUGAAGAGGAGGAGAAGAGAAUCCACAAGUGCCCUCAGUGUAGGCAGAUCUUCACACUGAGGCCUGUCCUGGUGAAAAGCACCAUGUUAGCAGAUAUUUUGGAGGAACUGAAGAAGACUGGACUCCAAGCUGCUCCUGCUGAUCACUGCUAUGCUGGACCUGAAGAUGUGGCCUGUGAUGUCUGCACUGGGAGAAAACUGAAAGCCCUCAAGUCCUGUCUGGUCUGUCUGGCCUCUUACUGUGAGAAACACCUGCAGCCUCAUUAUGAUGCUGCUCCGUUAAAGAAACACAAGCUGGUGGAGCCCUCCAAGAAGCUCCAGGAGAACAUCUGCUCUCGGCAUGAUGAGGUGAUGAAGAUGUUCUGCCGUACUGAUCAGCAGAGUAUCUGUUAUCUCUGCUCUGUGGAUGAACAUAAAGGCCACGACACAGUCUCAGCUGCAGCAGAAAGGACCGAGAGGCAGAGAGAGCUCGAGGUGAGUCGACAGAAAGUCCAGCAAAGAAUGCCACAACCAGAGCCCAGGACCAGAGCUCGAUUCUUAAAAUAUUCACGUGAAAUCACACUGGAUUCAAAUACAGCAAACACGCAUCUGUUAUUAUCUGAGGGGAACAGAAAAGCAACAUUAAUGAGAGAACAACAGUCUUAUUCUAGUCACCCAGAAAGAUUCACUUUUUGUUUUCAGGUUCUGAGUAGAGAGAGUCUGACUGGACGUUGUUACUGGGAGGUGGAGUGGAGAGGGAGAGGAGUUUGUGUAGCAGUCGCAUACAAGAAUAUCAGCAGAGCUCUGAAUGAAUGUAGACUUGGAUUCAAUGACAAAUCUCUGGCAUUAUAUUGUGACUUUGACAGUUAUAACUUUUGGUACAAAAAUGUCCACACUCCCAUCUCAGGUCCUCGGUCCUCCAGAGUAGGAGUGUACCUGGAUCACAGUGCAGGUAUUCUGUCCUUCUACAGCAUCUCUAAAACCAUGACUCUCCUCCACAGAGUCCAAACCACAUUCACUCAGCCUCUCUAUGCUGGACUUUGGUUUUAUUCUUAUGAUGACACUGCUGAGUUCUGUAAGCUCAAAUAGUUCAUCAUACUUCAUUUCAGGGACAGUGGGUUAAAUUCUGUGUUUUAAUCCUUAAACUUCUUUUGUCUUCAUGUUUGUUGCUGAGAGCUGAUUGUUGUGGCAUUUCUUCACUGCACAGAGAUCAGCUGUCAAUCAAACAUUGUGGGCGGUACUUUGACGUCUUCUCAUUAGUUGCUGUGUAAAUGUUUGAGUUUCUUUAGGCGGCGCUCCUUCCUGUGUCUGUUUAGCCAUGGAGGCUAUCACUGCUCAGGAUGACUUUUG